CAAGCGCUGAGGGUGGAGCCUAAGACGGAGGGUGAUGGCUGCCGCGGCUGUGGCUGUUCGCGAGGGUGAGUGGAAGUGCUGGGGCGCACAGACAGGUACGCUAGCGGACGGGCCCCGGACGGCUGCUGCUAGGCCCUGAGCCCUUUUGGGCUCGGUCGUUCCGUUCCGGCGGCACGCCGGACUCUGGUCUGCACUUCCUCGGGCACAGCGCCGCUCGGCGUACCGGCUGGUUCCUGUGAAAGGGUGGGUACCCCCUUCUUUGCCCUCCCCCGCUUUCCCUUUGAUCCUGCCGCGCACUGCGUCCGCACGCGGAUCCCUGGCUCGCCCCCGCCUCGCGGCGGAUUCUUGGUCAUGCCGACCCAGCAGCCAGCCGCGCCGAGUACGAGUCUCCCCAAACCCUGUUGGAGCCUCUCCGGCUCACUCUGUGACCUGUUUUCUGAUGCAGACUCGGGAACUGGGAUGAAGGCAGAGCUUUCUACUCGGCCUGGGGUAAGUGCGGCUGCCCUCCCAAGCUGCCUGUGAAGAGCUACGCAGGAGGCUGUCAGCUUCAUUCCGCCCCAACCUCUAUCUCCGUUUUACUUAAUUUUUCCGUAAAGCCAGGAGAUUGUUUGCAGAGUUCUUUCACCCCUGACGGCAGGGGGGAGGGAGAUGACCCAAGAAGAAAAGCUGCAGCUUCGGAAGGAAAAGAAACAGCAGAAGAAGAAACGGAAGGAGGAAAAGGGAGCAGAACCAGAAACUGGCUCUGCUGUACCUGCAGUCCAAUGUCAAGGCCCAACCAAAGAAGUGCCAGGACCAGGCAGGCACUUGGGCACUGCUGGGGAGAAAGUUCCACCUGGUCGGAGUAAAGCUGAACUUCGUGCGGAAAGACGGGCCAAGCAGGAGGCGGAGCGGGCCCUGAAACAGGCAAGGAAAGGGGAACAAGGAGGGCCACCUCCUCAGGCCUGCCCCAGCACAGCUGCAGAAGCCCUUUCAGGAGUGAAGCGUGUCCCUGAGCACACUCAGGCUGAUGACCUCACACUUCUGAGGCGGCUUGUUAAGAAACCAGAGCGACAGCAGGUUCCUACACGAAAGGAUUAUGGAUCCAAAGUCAUUCUCUUCUCCCACCUACCCCAGUACAGCAGACAAAACUCUCUAACACAGUAUAUGAGCAUCCCAUCCUCUGUGAUCCACCCAGCCAUGGUGCGACUCGGCCUGCAGUACUCCCAGGGCCUGGUCAGUGGCUCCACUGCCCGCUGUAUUGCCCUGCUUCGUGCCCUGCAGCAGGUGAUUCAGGAUUACACGACGCCUCCUAGUGAAGAACUCUCAAGGGACCUAGUGAAUAAACUGAAGCCCUACUUCAGCUUUCUGACUCAGUGUCGCCCCCUGUCAGCAAGCAUGUACAACGCCAUCAAGUUCCUCAACAAGGAGAUCACGGGUGUGAGCAGCUCCAAGCGGGAAGAGGAGGCCAAGUCAGAGCUUCAUGCAGCCAUUAAUCGGUAUGUGCAAGAGAAGAUUGUGCUUGCAGCUCAGGCAAUUUCACGCUUUGCUUAUAAGAAGAUCAGUAAUGGAGAUGUGAUCCUGAUAUAUGGAUGCUCAUCUCUUGUAUCACGAAUUCUUCAGGAGGCUUGGGCUAAGGGCCGGCGGUUUCGGGUGGUAGUGGUGGACAGCCGGCCAUGGCUGGAGGGAAGGCACACGCUACGUUCUCUGGUCCAUGCUGGGGUCCCUGCCUCCUACCUGCUGAUUCCUGCAGCUUCCUAUGUACUCCCAGAGGUCUCUAAGGUGCUAUUAGGGGCUCAUGCACUCCUGGCCAAUGGGUCCGUGAUGUCACAGGUUGGGACAGCACAGCUGGCCCUGGUGGCACGAGCCCAUAAUGUGCCAGUGCUGGUCUGCUGUGAAACAUACAAGUUCUGUGAGCGUGUGCAGACUGAUGCCUUUGUCUCCAAUGAGCUAGAUGACCCUGAUGAUCUGCUGUGUGAGCGAGGAGAACACGUGGCCCUGGCUAACUGGCAGAGCUACUCUUCCCUACGAUUGUUAAAUCUGGUCUAUGAUGUGACUCCCCCAGAACUGGUGGAUCUGGUGAUCACGGAGCUUGGGAUGAUCCCUUGCAGUUCUGUACCUGUUGUCCUACGAGUCAAGAGUAGUGACCAGUGAGUGGGGGAACACAGGGCCAAUAAAUGACAUAGGUCAAUAAAUGACAUACUCCCUACAUGUAGCAA